AUGGUUAGAGAACUAAAUCACAGUGAAGAACUUCAAACCCGCCUAGCUAGAAUUGGAGAAGGAAUCACCUGGAAGUUCCAACCCCCUGCAAGCCCUCACUGGGGAGGAGUACACGAGAGUUUAGUUAAGUCAGUCAAGACAGCACUUAACCGUACCCUGAAUCCAAAAGGAGGACCAAAGAGAAGUAACCCUACAGAUUUGCAGUUGUCCGCUCUCUUUGCCGAAGUCGAGCGAUUCGUCAAUUCACGACCGAUAACAUACGUCAGCAGCGAUCAUGAGGACAUAGAGGCUCUGACACCCUACCACUUUUGGUUACACCGACGCUCGCCAGUUGUCCCACUCGGAGAGUACAGCCGACCAAACUUUCAAGGUCGUUUCAAACAGACCCAGCACUUAGCAAAUGUCGUGUGGCAGCAGUGGGUGAAGCUCUACCUGCCUAAUCUCACCUCCCGGAAGAAGUGGCGAAACGAGGAAAGGAAUAUUUCAGUUAACGACGUUGUUCUCAUAGCAGAUCCGGGUCUUCUACGUGGUGAGUGGAAGUUAGGACGAGUUGUUGAAACAUGUCCUGGAAAAGACGGACGAGUUCGAGCUGCCAAAGUGAAGACUAACAAUGGUGUUUAUACGAGACCAGUUACGAAAUUAUGUCUUCUCGAACAGGAAUGCGGAUACGAUCGUCGCCCCGAUGAAAUCGAGACGAACGAUGGGGAGGAGUGA